AUAAGUUGGCUCGCCUUUCAGUAAUAUUUUCUUGGUCUGGCUUGUACUCUCUUUAAACUUCUUUUCUCAACCUGGUAAUCUCUACUUUUGACCACCAUGAAGUUCAUUCAAGCUUUCUUCCCCCUUGCUUUCGCUGCUGUCGCGGUUGCAGCUCCUACUGCGACCUUGGACAAGCGUGCCACCACCAUCUGUGGACAAUGGGAUUCGGUAGCUACAGGCACAUAUACCGUCUACCAAGACCUGUGGGGUGAAUCUGCAGCAACUUCUGGAUCGCAGUGCACGACUGUCAACUCAGUCUCUGGCACAACGCUUGCUUGGUCCACCUCAUGGACCUGGGCUGGAGGAUCAUCUUCUGUCAAGUCAUACGCCAACGCCGUUGUCACACAAUCAACCAUUAAGCAGAUCUCAGCUAUCACCAGCAUUCCAUCUACAUGGAAGUGGAGCUACACUGGAUCCUCCAUUGUCGCUGAUGUUUCCUACGAUAUGUUCACCUCAUCCACCGCCACCGGAUCAAACGAGUACGAGAUCAUGAUCUGGCUUGCAGCCCUCGGAGGUGCUGGACCUAUCUCUAGCACCGGUUCAGCGAUUGCUACUGUCACAAUCAACAGCGUGAGCUGGAAUCUGUUCAAGGGACCCAACGGCUCAACUACCGUUUACUCUUUCGUUGCUGCCAGCGAGGCUACCUCAUAUUCUGGAGAUAUCAAGAACUUCUUCACGUAUUUGACGACUUAUCAAAGCUUCCCAUCUUCGCAAUACUUGCUUAGCAUUGGUGCUGGAACCGAGCCUUUCACUGGUUCGUCUGCUGUUCUCACAACCUCGGCGUACAGCACCGUUGUCAACUAG